AAGAAGAUUUCAAUCUUUAAUUUGAAAGAGGAAUUUAAUUCCAAAAAGUGCAAUGUAUUAUGGAUUCUUAAUUAAUGUAAUUAAUUUUUUUGUAGGUCAUUCCCAAAUAAUACAUGUAAUAAGACUGAUCCUGAGUGAUAAUAAUAAUAAUAAUAAUAAUAAUAAUAAUAAUAAUAAUAAUUAAUAUAAAGCAGUGUCAGUUUAUCUAGCAUGAAAGUACAUCUUACUGAGGGGUAUGAGAUUAUUUCCUUGGGCAUAUAUAAGAAAGUAGUCUAAUCAUCAAACACAGGCGUUUGGUGCUCACUCUUUCUCUGUAGCUGCACCUACUCUCUAGAAUUCCUUGCCAGUAGACAUUAAAAACAUGCAAACUUUGUUUCUCUUUAAAAGAAAUGAUGGUGGCCACAAGUAUUAUUAUUACUAUUAUUAUUAUUAGUAUUAGUAUUCAAUAGCCAAUGGUUUUUUCACUAAAAGUAAAGAGUUACUUACUUCUACACCUAGGUUUUCCAGAGCCUGGUUUCUGUAGAGAACAAUACAAUAAAGAACUCAGAAGGUACAGUGGACAUAACGGUAAUCUGUUUUUACAUUAUGCGUUAUAUUCACUAUAUGUUAAUCUGUAUAAUAACACAAUCAGUAGAUUUGGUUUUUGUGAUAUCCUGAGUAAGUCAAGGUCUUGAUAGUGUUACAGUGAGUCAGCCCUGGCUGAUAGCAUUAGCUUGACCUUGGUUAUACCAGAUAUCACAUAAACCUCAUCCAAUCAUAAUAAAUAUUGUUAAAGUAUUACAAUGUCAUCAGAUUUCUACUUUUUGGUGUGUUAUAAAUAGCUCAGGCUGUAUUAUUGACAAAUGGAAGCAUAAGAGUAUGGCUGAGAAAAUCUUCCAUAACCCAGCGGAGCAUGGCUGUCAUUUCUAUAAAAAAUUUGAUUCUCUUUCAUAUACAGUAAAACACUGAACCAGAUUUAGAAUACUUCAUGGAAAGUGCUGGCAUACAGUAUUUCACACAAGUUGUUGACGUAUCAGAAAUCAUACAAGUGAAGGCAGUGAACAAGUGAGAUUUCUGAUACAAAAACAAGUGCGUAUAUACCUAACAAAGCACUUUCCAUGUGGGGUUGUGUUCACUUUGUACAUACUGAGACAUUCAUCAUUUUGGCAGCCUUUUUUUAAUCUUUCAAAGAUGCUAAAAUUUGUUGCUACACACCACAAAAUGACAAACAAGAAAAAGCAUCCGCUUAUUAGUAAAAAUAUUUGUUAAUAAUUUUAAUGAAGGCAAGGAUAUGAGGUAAUCCAAAAAUUACAAGUAAUGUUAACUUUUUGGUCUGAAUGCUCAAUUGUUGCACAUCUGCAAAGCACUCACAAAGUGAGGGUGCUGCAAACUGCAAGCGCCUAAGGCAGGAAUUUUUGUGUGAAACUCACACACCUCUGUGAGUUCUGAUUAGAUGUAUCAUUUUUUUUCGUGUGUGAAAACUAUUGUUCGCUCCUCUGAUUGGCUAGAACUAAUUUGAGUGUGAAUAUUUACGACAUAGCUUUUUGGUGAAUAUUUCUCAGUAUGUAUAUAAUAAAAAUUUCUUACAGCUAGGCUACUGAGCAUAGUUGUUGUUUGAAACCACAGGAAGUGCUUGUGCAGGACAUAUGCUAAUCAGCAUUAACAAGGUUAAAAUAAUAAUAAGAGUUACAUGUAACUAAAACUUAUCUUACUCUACAACAAGGACAAGGUCUGUGAGAAUGAACAUGAAAGAAUAUUAGUAGUAUUUAACGGCCACUAUUGUUAUAAUUUUAUGCUGUUCAUGCUGGUUAUGCUGUCAUUAUGGUAUCAUUUUACUUACGUGCAUCCAAUGCUGAAUGGCUGUAAUGACAAUAAAAAAAAUCAGAUGUUAGAAUACUACUUCAGCAAAAUAAAAGUCAGAUACUCGAGUUUCAGGCACUAAACAAUCAAAAUACUGUGGCUUUGGUGUUGCAAGAGAAAAAAAAAGAAAUUACAACAUUAUGUACGAUGAAGGUUGGCAAUAAAUAAAUAAAUACUGAAAUAUUGAAGAGAAAAAUGUAAACUUGGUGGUAAUGGAGUGGUCUCAAAGAUAGAAUUGUAUCAUUCUCUGCAAGUACUGUACACCUGACUUAGAAUGGAAAAAUUUGUUUUUUACUGUUAUUGUAGUUUUGUGUAGAAGUAUCUGUGUAGCUUUAGUAGCUUGCACGUAUGUUUUGAACUUUGAUCCAAAAGUUGGUGGUGGUCUUAUGUCCAAUUUAGACAAGAAAUUUUUCACCCCAAUGAUGGCUUCAGAUUGUUCUCUCCACCCAGGGUCACUGGAGAUGCUUAUUUCUCUUUCAUAAGAUACCAUUUUAAUGCCUUGAGUUUGUAGUAAGAGUCAAAAAUUGUUGUCUAUUUUGUUAAUAUUAAUCAAGUCUUAUAAAAAUGACAAAUUUGUUGUCAGAAUCAAGUUCUGUGAUAUUUUAUGCCAAGUGUGGAAUAGGGAAACUGAUCAAGAGAUGGUUAGGAGUUGACCAUGAUACAGUGUUGUUUAGCAGUGUAGGAGAAGCAGUGAAGAGUGCCAAAAUGUAUUAUUGGAGGUAGCUUUGCAUGCAUCUUUUGUUAACAGUAUUAAGAACAAGAGUGUCAAAAAUUGGAAUAUAUUGGGCUUCAUAAUUACCAUUGAGAAUCUUACAGUAGCGACAAAAUGGAAAUGUGCCAGAUUAUCAUCCCACCCAUUGAACCAAGUAACAGUAUUCCUGUUCUUCGUGUAUACAGUGUACACAGUGUGACCUUUCAAGCAAUUUAAUUGCUCCAAUGUCCAAAUACAAAUUCUCCAAACUGAUCUGUACAUUUCAUUACAAAAUUAGUUGAGAGUAUUUGAUAACAAAUCAAAGCAUUUUCCCUUUGGUGAUUAUUUUAUUAAUUUUCAUUACUGUAGUGUAGUUUGUGUUCAUUAGCAAGCUACUGUACAUAUGUACAAGUACUGUACCUCAGACAACUAUUACAACUCAACAAGCAGCUACAGAAUGAAAAUACUGAUGCAGGUACAAGGUGUGUGAUUUUGCCCUAUAAGUCCCUAGAGUGGCCAACAUCUAUUUUCUCCUAACUAUAUCAAUACAUCAUCACGAGAAAAGGUUAUGAGAAUAAACAUAAUCACCGAAUGGAGAAUACUUUGAUCUUUUAUCAAAUUCUCUAAACUAAUUCUGGAAGGAAAUGUAUAGAGAUCAGUUUGGAGAAUUUGUGUUUGGAUAUUGGAGCAUAAAGGGUUAAAACUAACUCAAAUCAUGUAUUCACCUUGUGGAGAUCUUUCCUAUGUUUUUUGGUAAAAAAGACUAUCCCAUGGCAACUUUCAAAGUGGACAAAAGUUAUUGCUACAGCUGAAUGCGUGUAUACUGUAUGCAUACAUAACAUAACAUAAAACUUUAUUUAUACUCGAAUUUUAGAGUAGCUAAGAAGCUAAUAUCUACGAGCUGUUCGAAAGUUCUAACUUGGUCACUUUCCCGGACAGAAUCAUUUUCAGCUGCACAAUUAACAAAAUAACUUGCUGUUGCUCAUAUUUUAUAGAACCGUAAUGUUCCCAUUUUGGGUGAAAAGUUUCAAUAAUCUGUCUUGGGUGGCCUUUUCGUAGUUCGUUGGGGAUUUGAUUAAAGUUUUACGUUUAAGGUCUUAUAAGAAAGCCCCUCACUGAAAAACGUCGUAAAUUUGAACUCUUGACUUUUUUUACCGUUUCUAUAUUCUCUCCUCAAACUGGAAGAAACGCGAGAAACGGAGAAAGAAACGAGCGAGAGUUUGAAGCACUAACGAGGUCUUCCGAUAGACCCUUUCUUGCCUUCAUCGAAUGAGAACUUCGCCCGCUGUAAACAGUCUAAACAACUGAGUUUUUGAUAUGUAAAAACUUUCAAACUUUAUGCUUUGAUUGAAUUUACUAUAAUGUAGCCAAUUGCCGCUAACUUGCAUAUCUCGUCAAAUGUUACUCUGUUCGCGGAGUCCUAAUAAUUUUUCCUGUGUAUUAUCACACGUGACACGUUAUAAUUAUAUUUUAUCCACCUGUACAAAACCAUCCUAUGCGGCAUAGUGGACAUCUCUACAGGAAAUUACUGCUUAUUAUUUGAAUGGUCACCUUUUUCUGUGAGUUCUCCUCCUCUUUUGCAGAGAAGAUAAAGUUCGUAAAAUAGAGCGAGAAUUGGUAACUUCUGUACGCCGUAUGUAACAACUUGCAAUUUUUGAGAAUGUGAAGUCUUUGAAAUUCGUUUUGUACUUACGAUGUCCAAUUGAGCCAUUGAUCUUGGAUCGCGUGAAGUGCAAAGUAUGCUAUUUGGUAAAUUAGAACGUGCUCGCAGGCGACUUGAAAGAUGGGAAGGAAUUGUUAUCGAUUGCCCGGUUAGGCUCGAUUUCCUCUGUCUCCCGGGUCCGGUCUUUGAGUGCGGGCUCAUUUUCCCGAACAUCGGCUGGUAAUCGAGCCUAUCGCCCGGCCUAACACUUGUAAAUGCAUGUCACGCAACAUGUACACGUGUUUCAUGACAGAGAUCCUAGAGAUUCAGUGUCCCCUCCGAGUAAAUUUAAGUUUUAACCCAGAUGAACGCUAGCAACAAACUUUGUAUUCCGCUGGUCAGCUUAACUCUGUUCGAAGCUCACAACCGGCUUUAAGAUAACACGCGGCACUUUUGUUUCUUGUCAUAUUUAUCAACAAGCGAUGGUGAUUUUUUGAUUUUCAAUGGAGUAUUUGUACAUGUAGUACAUGAAUGAAAACAACUGGUGCGUUAUAUUUAUUUAUCACCAGUCUUUUUUUCUCGGUCAGGCAAAAUUUAAAUAACUCGAGAAUAGUCUCCACGGGUCACACUGUCAAAGCCUUGGUUGUUUCCCAAUGUACCCUUUAGUUGACAGCGUGAAAUCUGCCCGACUUCGAAAACAGAUUGCGUUAGUUAAUGCGUGACGUUAUGAUGUUAUGGAAACUUACUUAUAAACUAUGUAUUACUAAAGCUUUACAUGCCUUUUAAAGUGCGCCUUUCUGUUAGAUGAAGUACGAUUUGUCACUUGAUGACAACUUCACUCGGAAGGUUUCACCUCAUUUUCACCGGCCGCAAGGAGAUGACGGUUUCUUUCAAGAAUUGGCCUGUUCGAGGCGUUCAUUGAUGAGGCGCUCGAGUCAUUGUGUGUCUCGGGUCUCUCACUUUUCGUAACUCCUGUCAUUUAGGCAUUUGUAAAUGGAAUCACCGUGUGUGGGCAGUUGGAAGUAAGCAAAUUUUGGUCCGUUCUCACUAAGAAAAAUAAAUUAGAAGAACUCCAAAUUAAUACUCAUGUUGGUGACUUUCCUUACAUAUUAUUCGUCUCUUCCGUUUUUUUUUCCUUACUCGAAUCACACCCAAAAUGACAUUGCUUUGCUUUUCAAGCUAUUGCUUUAAAGAAGGAGCGUCCACCACUACCUAAAAACCCAGCAAAGGCGUUUAUAUAAAUGGAGAUUCAAAAUAAUAGCCUAGCCUUACCAAAUUUGCCGAGUUAGUCCAGUAAGCACUCUUAAAAGAUCGCGCCUUAAUUUUUUUAUUGGGCGGAGGGAAAGGGGUUAGUACGCUCGAAGUAAAUUAAGAUUUCAUAACUCUACGCAUGACGUUAACAUCGUGGUGGAAAACCAAAGGGAUCACCUGUUUCGACAGAGUUCAGGUGGAGGUGUAGUAUCAAAUUCUCCCUAGCCUUUGUUCGGUUAAGUUAACGUGCAUUAAAAAAUUAUAACGGAAUUGUUUGCCAGAACGCUUUAAACUGGCUGAAUAACCCUCACAAAUGACUAAAAUUCAACAAAUAUAAAAGAAAUUUCGCUGUGUGGGUUUUCUGAAUGUGUGUAGCACUUUUGAAUACUUUCGUCGCAUUUCCGCAUGCAAACGUUUAGAUUUUGCUGAUGUAUUUAGUGAAACAGUGUAAAUUGUCCGCUAGUCGUAUUGUGAGCCUGGUCUACCAGUGUGUAAAGUAACCUGGGCGCCAUAACAAGCGUUUUUGCGGUUUUUGUUUUUGGAACCGAGUCAUCAUUUUUUGCGAAUUCGCAUCUGGAGACAGAGGCAAAGUAUCGCAUAUACGGCAAAUGCAUAUGUCCACUUAAAAGCACUCUUCUAUACGUUGGAAACAGUAAACCUCUUGAAUGGCGUUGAAAAAUGGCUACGUGGGCAUCUCCUCAGUCCAAUUGAAGGAAAGAUGAUGCUAAUUCUCUCAACUUGCCCAAAGAUAAUGUCUGUCGCACAACCCAUUCAAAUUGUUUAGUUUAUCGCCAGUUGUUGGCGGUUGCGUUCGACUGAGAGUCUUGCUUUUGGUUGGACGCUCUUUCAUUUAAAAUCUCAUGCUUAAGACUGUGUCACGCGUUAGUAAGGGUUUCGAUUUCAAAAGCUGCUCGGAUUCGUGAUCGAGAAACCGUUAACCGUAACUUAAGGUUAUAACGUUUCCGUUUAUCCCUUGUACUUCAGUCAUAGUGAAGUAUUGUUCUGUAUGCUACACUUACUUUUUCCGCCUAUAACCUCCUUACUUCUCCACUCGUUUAAGAUAAAGCACGUAUACCACACUCCAUUCUGUUUUCUUCGCGUAGACGUAAUUCAGAGUACACGUAUAGAGUAUAUUUGGAGUAUAGUUGUUAGUUAAUCAGGGUAGUUCCCUCUUGUGGUAACGAAUUACUUGCCCCAACAGAUUCGACGUUUUGAUUUAGACUUCUCACUCUAGUCAGUCACAUUCACCUUUAAUCCCUUUGUCGCGCUGUCAGAAGUAUUAAGUUCACUUUGUUGUGAUUUUUGUUGGAUUGCGAUUUUUGUUGGAUUGCUCUGACUUUAUUGCGUUUUAGGGCGACAAUGCAAUUGCAAGCGAUUACGCGGGAGCUGUGCCGUCCGCGCGGAACCUCUUGAUAUGAUUGCCAACAACGAUGUUUCGUUUACGUGAUAUUAAAUAAAAUUUCCAAUUUUACCUUUCUGCUUAUUUUGUUUGUGUUUGCCGCCUGCGCUUUAUAAAAAAGGCCCGUUUACUGUAUAAUUUGGGAGAAGGAGAACUUUAACACCAGAAAGCUCAGAAAAAAAUUCCGAGCUCACGGUGAGAAUCGAACUUACGACCCUCCGAGUUCUAGGUCGGAUGGUCUAACCACUGAGCUUCUAGUGAUACGGAAGUGAGGUCCAGUACCACAAUACUUUUAAGAAGGCGUUUUGUGUCACACAAAGCUGGGAUUUUUACUUUCAGUUUCCGAACGAUUACUGAUCUGCUGCUUUGGAUGUUGCUUCGAAUAGCAUAUUAAAACAAUAAUAGGCAGAUUUUGACAACGGACCGCCUUGACCAAUGGCAGAGCGGCAAAUCAGGCACCGGAAGUCGCGUUCAGUCCUUUUUGCGCACCCUUGCGUUCUCAUUUUGCGUUGUGUUGUUGUCUCCUAAAUUCGCCUAUAAUUGGAUUAACAGUGUAGUUUCGAAAGAAACGAUUAGUGUGUAUGUGAAAUUGAAAAUUACCCGCCUUAAUAAACUUGAUUAUGCAAAACAUUUGUGAGCGGGACUAGAACCCAUGACUUUAUCAAAAUCGUCGGGGUAUUAGUUAGAGUAGAGCGGCAUUAACAUCUAUCAGACAUAUCCGCAAUGUGACGUGGGAGAAAAAAUACAGUGUUUCGCCUUGAUAUUUUUUUUGUUUGCAAACCAGAAUUUUCAUGUCACUGUACCUUAAAACCUGUUUGUUGUGGCUAAUACUUCUUUAACGUAAGGCCCACAGAGUUUUAAGAUGAAUCCAUCAAAUGGUCCCUUUUGUGUUUUCCUGAACUCAGACAGGUAACGACAAGUAAAAGAAAAAUCGGAGGUUCCGAAGAAAGCUUAAAGCCUGAACUUUAUAUGAAUAGUCGGUUUGUUUUCUACCUAGUUAGCUACAUGUGCAUGGAUCUCCUGUUUAAGGAAAUCCAACAAGUUACGUUAAAUGUGUGUGAUAAGUAAGUGCUUGUUAAGUGAACCGUUAUGCCAAUCUUUUGUAAUGUUGACGGGGUUUAAUUUCAAGAGUAAGUUACAGGAUCAGUUUUUUGCCACACUCUGGUUCUUUAGUUCUGGUUCUUUGCUAACCUUUGAUAGUCUAGCUUACCUCCCUUGUCGUUGAUGUUGAUUCAUAAAUCCACCUCGUUUGCUUGAUUCGCCCUGUUUCCAGUUCACUCAACUGUGGAUUAUUCAUUUUGUCCAUGUAUUUGACGGCAUCCAACUAUCUUCAUCGUCGUUUAAUGCUUCGUAUAUAAAGAGGUCUUAGAGGCGUAAUCGACCGAACCAGUACAUCUAACAAAACAUAUGGUCAAUGAUUUAUUCAUCUUUGAUUAAGAUGUCAUGGUCGAGCAGCGGGACAUUUCUCUUCUUUAUUCAAAAUAAAAUGUGGCUGGACAGGUUGAGUUUGAGGUUCUUGCUGGCGAUGAAACAUUUCCGCUCAUAAGAUCAGUUCCAUUUCUACUUCGUUUAGAUAUCGAUGUGACAUUUUUUGAAAUUCAGUUGGCAAUUGCCACUGAAUUGUACCUGUCAUAGACGCAGAUGAAGGUUUUUUAAAGCACUACUGAUCCAUUUUCCCAGACAAAGAAAAAUAAAGGUCUCUGUAGGCAUCUGAAAAAUAUGCACUUUAUUGCAAACAAAAAGGUUCAGCUGCUCAAAAUAAUUCUGCGAUUGGACCCCUGUGGUAGUUUUAACUAAUACCGCAACCGGUGCUUAUAUAGCUCUCCCAGUUAUAGGCCCAUCUACCUGGAAACAAAAAAAAUACAUCCGAUUAUAAGCCCUUCCGGAUGUAAGCCCCCUCCAAAUGUAUUGAAAUGAAUUUGAUAUAUUAUGACGGUUUGAAGCUCAAAACACCAGUAAAUGCAAAACGUAUUUUGAUCCUCACUGCCAUAACUCUUCUCCGGUUAUAAGACCCUGUAAGAAUCUUUGCCCCUCCGUUUGUAAGUCAACCCCUUUACGAAGUUGUAUGAACCCAGGGCGUAAAAGUGGCAGUUUACGACACUUAAAGGAAAAACCUUAAAAAAUAAUGGCACUUUGGUUUUCUAGCGAGACCAUCAACACCAACUCCGUGUCAGCACAGCUUGGUUUUAGAAAAAGUCUGUCAUGUAUUCGAAUGAAUCAUGUGAUUAAAGGUGGAAACCCACGUGAUAAAACUCCUUUAACCCCAGCUUGUUAUUCGUUUUCAAUUGACUUCGCGCGUUUGAGAAUCGUUUAAUAGUUAAGGCAGAUGGGAUUCCUGGGGUAAUUUGGCAGCCUUUCAAGUCGCUGUUUUGAAUACAGAGAAGACCCAGGAGACAAGGCGUUGUGACCUAAAGGAAGCGCUGAUCUUGACAUAGAACGUGCUGUGCCUGAUGUUCUUAUUUCCAAUCAACACUUCCCCACAAACAUUGGCUUAAGCAAGAGUUAAAACUUUUGCCCACUGGGGAUGUAGAAGAGGUCAGCCGAAGUAGUUCUGGUUUGAAGAGGGUUUGGGGGGGUUCCGUUUUGGUCACAGGAACUCUAGCCGAAGUCCACUCGGCCUCGACCCAGGGGCAGUCAGUCGGGUAGCGCAUGACAACUUUUAUCGCGUCGUUUCUUCCGACCCGAUUUAUUGCCCGUGGGUUUCCGAGGAUAAGGUGUGCGGCGACGGCAAAGAAAAGUGUCUGCCACUGCGCGAAAGAUGGAGCUGUUAAAGCUAGGACUGCUGAUGGAAGCAAUAAUAAAUUUUGAAAGCACUCCUCGAUUUACGGCUUUCUUUCUUUCUGUCUGAAGAAGAGUGGUAAUUUACCGGAAUGACUUCCCUAGACCGACAACUAGCUGUUUUUUUGUUGUUGUCCUGAACGUUGAGGCAUUCACUCUAAUCCUCCUGACUACCUACCCCUCCCCUAAGUCACAAUUUUGCCUUAAGUGAGAAGUAAGCGUUAACUUAGGGGAGGGCUAGGUGGGCAGUUACCUAGAACCCUUACUUGAUCCAAUAGUUUUUUAUUAAGCCUGAUGACUUUUAUUAAGUCCCGAUUGCUGUAGAGGGAUUUGUUUAUUUGGCUUUCUUUUCUUGUGCUGUCCUGCGCUACUUUUGUGAGUUUACUAAUCUUGUUUUAUUUCUCUACAGGUCGCGUGCGUACCUAACCUAUUGUGUGGACUAGCAGCACCAUGCUACGUCAGCCGCAUCCUGCAGCAAGAACCUUCAAACCACUGGGCUAAAAAAAAG